AUUGUUUCAGGGAGCACGAAGCACAAGCCACACACGAAUGCUGCAUCAACAGUGAUAAUUAGUUGCCCACUUAGAAAAAAAGACCUGCACGUUCAAAUUGAAGAAGACGAAAAAGGAUUCGAGUCCUUAAUCCUUUCAACAACUUCCAGCCAAGCCGAGGGCGAUCCCGAUUCUUCAUGCGAGGUUGAAGAUCAACGCGAAACAUGGGCUUCAAACGCCGAUUUCCUAUUAUCAAUAAUUGGUUUUGCCGUAGACUUAGCGAACGUUUGGCGAUUUCCGUACUUAUGUUACAAAAACGGGGGAGGGGCGUUUCUUAUCCCGUACCUAUUAAUGUUAGUAUUUGGAGCACUGCCAUUAUUCUAUAUGGAAUUGGUUCUUGGCCAAUUUAAUAGAUUAGGUCCUAUAAGUGUUUGGAAGAUAUGCCCUCUUUUCAAAGGGGUAGGUUUCUGUGCCGUCCUAGUCGCAUUUUUUGUAUCCUUUUACUACAACGUUAUAAUAGCAUGGUCGGUGUACUUCCUAGCGUCCAGUGUACGUUCGCAAUUACCAUGGUUGCAUUGCAAUAACACGUGGAACACGAAGCUCUGUUGGGAGUCUAUGACUAUCGACGAUGGUUUCGAAAAUAUUACACGUACAGCACCGCAUUUUAAUAAUUCCACGCCGACAAAUCGUCAUACACCGGCUUCUGAAUUUUUUAGUCGAUCCGUGCUGGAAAUGCAAACAAGCGAGGGUUUACACGAUUUGGGUUAUCCUAAGUGGGAGUUAGUCAUUUGUCUAUUCAUAGUCUACACAACGCUGUACAUUUCGUUAUUCAAAGGAGUCAAAUCGUCAGGGAAAGUCGUAUGGGUGACAGCCACUAUGCCGUAUGUGGUAUUAACACUAUUAUUAAUAAGGGGACUCAUGUUACCAGGAUCUGGAAAGGGUAUUUCGUAUUAUUUGCAGCCUAAAUUAUCCAAACUCAAAGAAACUCAGGUUUGGGUGGAUGCCGCCGUUCAAAUAUUCUUUUCUGUCGGUGCCGGAUUCGGUGUUCACUUAUCGUACGCAAGCUACAAUACCUUCCACAACAACUGCUAUCGCGACUGCCUGGUUACCAGUAUAGUGAAUUCGUUUACGAGUUUCUUUUCGGGAUUCGUCAUAUUUACGUAUCUAGGCUACAUGUCUUACAAACAAGGUGUCGAUAUAGACGAAGUUGCAACUGACGGUCCCGGAUUAGUUUUCCAAGUGUACCCCGAAGCAGUGGCGACACUACCCGGUUCGAAUAUUUGGUCGAUGUUAUUCUUCUUUAUGCUAAUCAUGCUUGGACUGGAUUCGGGGAUGGGAGGUCUUGAGUGCGUUAUUACCGGCGUUAUGGACGAAUUUUCGGGUUUCUUUAAGGAAAUUCGAUUUUCAAGGGAAGCAUUCACGCUCGGAGUAAUUGUGGUGUCGUUUUGCGUUGCCUUGGUGAACCUAACGCCGGGCGGAAUCUACAUGUUUCAUCUGUUCGACACUUACGCUGCGGGACUCUCGCUGUUAACUUCGGCCCUAUUCGAAGCUAUUGCUGUGUCCUGGUUCUACGGCCUCAACAAGUUCACCCAAGACGUUGACGCGAUGCUGGGUAUUAAACCGGGACUGUACUGGAGGAUCUGUUGGAAAUUUGUCAGCCCAUCGUUCCUCAUUGGAGUUAUAUUAUUUGGACUUAUCUUUCCCGUUCCGCUCAAGUACGAAGAUUACGACUACCCCAUCUGGGCGGAAUCGAUUGGUUGGUGUUUGGCACUUGCUUCGAUAUUAAUGAUACCGUUAAAUGCCAUAUGGCAGUUACUUAAAGCUCCGGGAACCUUCAAAGAGAAACUGGCGAUAUGUAUCACCCCAGUGGACGAACACGAGUACCUUCGGGAGACGAAGCUUGUUAGUAGAUUUAAGGCAAGACAUUGGCUUUACGUGUAAGCUUUUACUGCAAUACUUGUCGAUUGUUUAACAAUAAGGUACACAUUUUGUGCCGCCGACUGACAAUAGCCGCACUAUGCACGUGGGAAUAUUUCUAUAAAAUGGAGAUAGUAUCCUUGUAGGAUAUUUUUACUAACUAGCUACGUAGUAAAUGUGCAAAACUAUAGGUACUUAAUUAUAAGGGCUGUUUCCUAAGUUGUUAGUCUGAGUCCCUUACGCAAUCUAAUCAGGCACUCUGAUUAA